GAGAAUUUAAACAAACUGAUGGCUAACCUGAGAAGCACUCACCCACAUUUUGUGCGAUGCAUCAUCCCAAAUGAAACAAAAACACCUGGUGCCAUGGAGCAUGAGUUGGUGCUGCAUCAGCUGCGAUGCAAUGGUGUACUGGAAGGAAUCAGAAUUUGCAGGAAAGGAUUCCCCAGCAGAGUCCUGUAUGCUGACUUCAAACAAAGAUACAGAGUGCUUAAUGCAAGUGCUAUCCCAGAGGGACAGUUCAUGGACAGCAAGAAGGCUUCAGAAAAGCUCCUUGGGUCCAUUGAUGUGGACCACACUCAGUACAGAUUUGGUCACACCAAGGUGUUCUUCAAAGCUGGACUGCUGGGACUCCUGGAGGAGAUGAGAGACGACAAGCUGGCAGAAAUCAUCACUCGCACACAAGCCAGGUGCAGGGGCUUCCUGAUGAGAGUGGAGUAUAGGAGAAUGGUGGAGAGGAGGGAGUCCAUCUUCUGCAUCCAGUACAAUGUUCGUGCAUUCAUGAAUGUCAAGCACUGGCCCUGGAUGAAGCUGUUCUUCAAGAUCAAGCCCUUACUGAAGAGUGCAGAAUCUGAGAAGGAGAUGGCCAACAUGAAGGAAGAGUUUGAGAAAACUAAGGAGGAGCUUGCAAAGUCUGAGGCAAAGAGGAAAGAGCUGGAGGAGAAAAUGGUGGCCCUGCUGCAGGAGAAAAAUGACCUGCAGCUCCAAGUACAGGCAGAAGCAGAUAGCUUGGCUGACGCUGAGGAAAGAUGUGAUCAGCUUAUCAAAACCAAAAUCCACCUGGAAGCCAAAAUUAAGGAGGUGACUGAAAGGGCUGAGGAUGAAGAAGAAAUUAAUGCUGAGCUGACAGCCAAGAAGAGGAAACUGGAGGAUGAAUGUUCCGAGCUAAAGAAAGAUAUUGAUGACCUUGAGUUAACGUUGGCCAAAGUAGAAAAGGAAAAGCAUGCCACUGAAAACAAGGUGAAAAACCUUACAGAAGAGAUGGCAACUCUGGAUGAGACCAUUGCCAAGCUGACAAAAGAAAAGAAAGCCCUCCAGGAGGCCCAUCAGCAGACCCUAGAUGACCUGCAGGCGGAAGAAGACAAAGUCAAUACACUGACCAAA